GUGCUCCCCCACUAUCCAAUCCUCGACCGUUCCCUCUUCCAAGCGCCCCGAGUCUAUAAGCCCAGCGCUUCGCCCAUUGCCAGACCUUUUCUUUUCUCCAGCAGGUCUCUUAUUGUAAUACGUCGUGCGUCUUUUAUCAAGUGUCUCUCUUAACCUCUUGCGACUGGUCUAAGCUGGGCUGGAUUCUAGUCGUUGUCGUUUUGUUGCACAUUCCUACCUGUCUCUCAUCCGUCUCCACUACAUGAAAGCCUCCAACUUCCUCGAGUGAACCUUGGAAAGUUUUAGAAUGGCCGCCAACGAUAAGAAGAUUACCCAGAUUACGAUUGAAAGACGAAGCUCCAAAGACUCUCUCGACGUCAGGACACCACGCACAGCACGCUUCGCCGAAGCAACAUCAGUCCACUCGCCGGUUGAUCCUCCUCGGUCACCUCUCGAGUACCCAACCAACCACUACAAGCCACAACCUCAGAUCGCAGAUACAGGCUUCGGCUACAUGCAAUCCGUCGAGAUGGAAGAGACCGAUCGGAGGUACCUUCCUCCACCAACGCCAAAGACUCCCCUCAAGAGCGCGUUGAAGUCGCCUGGCGCUCCUCCACGGACACCAGGUGGUGCAAUGUCAAUCAUGAGCCCUACCUUUCGGGAAGAGCAUCAGCUUGAGAAGCGGGAGGCAUUGACGGACAGGGAGCAAGCAAAGGACUUGAAAAUCAAAGUUCGUGUUCGACUAGCUAAAAUCUUCCUGCGAGGCAUCAACUUUGCUUGCUCGCUCAUUGUUCUUGCCAUGGUUGCAAGUGCUUUCGCUAUCUUCAACGCCACAAAGACUCUCGCGCCAAGGAACGGCCUACCACCAUGGGCCGACAACACCAAAGUUUGGCCUCAAAUCCUCUUGCUCUCGAUCGCCUGUGUUUCUCUGGUUAUGUCCAUCUUCGUCAUCAUCGCCUACUGGAGAGGAGGUCAUCAUCGGGCUGAAAAGGUUGCCGCGUACUACACAGUCUUUGCUGUCGGGUUUUUCAUCUUCAGUAUCGUCAUGUGGGGUGUUGGUGCAGCCGCGUUCAACCAAAGUAAAGCGCAGAACAACAACAAGGAUAUGUGGGGCUGGUCUUGCGUUGACAACAAGCGACGACACCUUUUCGAAGACGACAUUGCUUAUGGCCUUGUCUGCCGUCUCCAGAACUGGGCGCUUGUCUGCUGCAUCAUCGAAGUCGUAAUCGAGGUUCUUGUUAUCGCCAUCUACGGAAUCGUCUUCUACCGCUUCUGGUCCAAGCGCAAGCUUCGCAAGUCCAUGGCCAUGCGCGACCGUGCCCGAUCUGAUCUCUACCUUGCCCAGCUCCGCUCGCAAUCUGCACCCAAUACCCCUGGCUUUGGUCCCAUGUCUCCCCGCUCAGGCGGUUGGCGCCCACCUCCAGGCCACCCAAUGUACGUUGACCCGCACUCUGCAGCGGAAGCUGGCGAGAGCGACAAGGUGCAGUACGCAUACGCGCGCGAGAUUGCCCAACCCCAGCCAUUCACCCUCCAGGCGCCGCCUAUCAAGGUCACUGGUGCAACACCAAGAAUGGAGCAAGACGGCUUCGAUUCUGCACCAGUACGGACUGGCACCGUAUCGCCACCACUACCAUCCCCAGGAUUCCAAGAAAGGAGGAACGAUCACGUCGAUGCCGCACCAGGUGAACAGCAGUAUGCUGCUGUUCCCAUCCCCGGUGCUUACACACCGCUAGCAUCGCCUUCAUACCCACCACCACAGCAACAGCAGCCCACUGGCUUUGACUUUGGGUCUUCAGUGACCGGUCAGCGAUAAGCUUUUGAGCUUGCUGUUCGCGCGUGUGUAUGUUGAUUUGUUGAUUUAGCGCGCAUCGUACCCUUUCUCUUCUCAAUCAAUCUGGAAUCUGGUUGCAUGGAUUUUGCGAAACGAUAUCAGGAAAUGUACAUUCUUCCACCUUUUCAAGCGAGGCUUCGGCCUGGGCUUAUUUUUUCCUUUGUUUUACUGUCUAUCGCUAAUCUGGUCGGUGUUCUUGGGCUGGGAUUUUAAGAUACCUUUGAAGUAAAAUGCCUCUUCACUACGCCUCUCGUUGUAUGACAUGGGGGUUGUGGAAUUACUACAACAGAACAGAGUAGAAUAAGAU